AUGACCGCUCCUCGAGCUAAAUAUAAUAGAAGGCGGCGUGUAGUACACCAGAAUGAAGAUACAGGGCUACAUAUCCAAUCAAACAGAAAUCCUAGCAAAACCUCACGGAAACCAAGUGUACCAGCCAGUGCAAAAGUAUACACCCUCGUCCCACCUCUUGUUUCACCCCUAACGCUGAUUUCCCCAGAUUUGACAAGGAUCGAGCAAAUGGAAGCAAGAAGACUAAGCCCUCGCACACUUUCCAGCUACUCGUUAACAAAUCAUCACUUUCUAUUGCCACAUAACAAUGACAUAGCCACCAAUAUAAUAAGGCUGUGGAAUUACCUUAGACUCCCCUUUCCGGAACAGCGAUAUGCCAUGCAGUCUUUCAUAGCCAAUGAAUCUCUACUUUUUCCGUAUCUCAAGAGGCUAACUAAGUUUUCCACUCUUCUGCGUGCUUAUGAUCAUUGCAGCAAGGUCCGCAUAGGAUUGCUAGGCCGCUUCCGUGCAAACCUAUAUGGUUCUACUUGUCGAGAUAGCAUCAUAGUAGACCUACUGGAGCUACGGGAGCUCACUCUUUUCAUAGUCUCUUUUGAUAAUGAGGCAAGCACGAUAUUGGGCCGACCAAUCUCUUUAGCAAAGGUGCUAGGUAGGGAUUGCCCCAGUUCGGAAGCUUUCUUCUUUGAUGAAUGCUUAUUCACAGAAGAAACCGUCGCUACCAUGAUGCUAGCAACCCAGUUUAUCAGAACAAUGAGCCUUAUUCAGCUCCAAACCCUAAUCAACAUGUUCUUUGACAGGUGCAUCAACUGGUACACUCCUGCGGACUCUCCCAGCGAUCAGCUCAUUGACUAUGAAAAGAAGGCUCGUAAAAUUGUCUCUCUCUGCUUUCUGCUGGGUUUAGUAGCAGAUGCACAGUUUGAGGGAAACAUCCUCCCAGCUCUUUUCAUGACUCACCUGAUUUCUAUCAAGGGAAGGGAUCUAAUCGCGUUCAGGAAUGAGCUGCUCUCACAAUGCAGUAGUAUGGACCUUGUAUCCUUGCCUACAAAGGAAGUCAAUCAGCCAUAUGUUAAUAUUCCUUUGCAACCUCUCAUUGGUUUAAAAAAUUGCAAAACGAGCCUUUCUGAACCAGAACCCACGCCCCAUCACCCUAUUGUCAACAACGAUGUGGCAGAGACCAUUUUGCUUACACCCAGCGAGGCUUUUCACGCAAUAUUAACCGAUAGGUUCCUCACAGAGAUUGAUGAUGAGUUUUUGUUAUUCUGCAACGACUUAGGGUAUAGCCUUCCACUCAUUCCUGUGGAGCCUAAAGAAACCUUGGUUGAAAUCUAUCGAGUUAUCAAUCCAAACCAAUUUCCAAACACCUCCACAAAGAGCCCAGAUGCUACGCUCAUCGACAUGUCUGUUCCGUCGCCUUUUGGGGUGGAGAGUAUCUGGGUAAACACGCCUAACUAUACAGAGUUCUCGAUUGGCAAUGCCUACGAUCGCAGCAUAGAAGGCACAACAGGGCUCAAUCCCAUGCAGUUACUUGGAGAGGAGGAGUAUGACUUGCUAGGGGUUUUGAACUGGCCCAGGGUACACAUCACACCGUUUCUAGUGGAAGGAGCAAGCAAACUAAUGAAGAGGCUCAUCGCUAACAGCAUUGAACGCAGAUCUAAAAGUUUACCCGCUAGAUCUCCAAAAGAAAAUAAACCCCAAGCAAAGAAAAAGAAAGCCCCUCAUAGCUGCAAAAAAAAUCUGAGUCAGCACAGUGAAUCACCUCCGCCACCACCAUCAAUACACACUACCGCUGUGCUGCCUGGCUCUUCAAAAUCCGUCCCAACAAGACCGCGUUUUACCAGAAGGGCUGUCGUAGGUAGUACACGACAAGAUCCGCCUAGUAUGCAUACACAAAAAAGUACUAAGUCAAUCCUUACCCUAAAAGAUUUGGAAAAUGAGUUGACCAAUCGGAUUGGAGAUUUAAAACUUACAAAAGAAGUUGAAAAGCAUAACAAAGAACUAAGCACUCACGAACAAUCCACGGAAGAUAACAAGAUGAUUAUUAGUGCAGAUCUGACUGCAAUCUUCUUGGGACACAGCAGUCCAACAGAUGAAUCCCCUCUGUCUUCCAAAGAGCAGCUUAGAGCAUCCCCAUAA